AGAGAGAGAGAGAGAGAGAGAGAGAAGGGAGGCAUCUCCAUUGAAACAUUUUGGAAAUAAAAGAGGGGGAGACAGAGGAAGAAGCUGAAUGGUAGCUACACCCUGUGCCUGGAAGCGUAGAGACACUGUAACAAAGGCUGGCAAUUAUUUUUUGGCAAUAACAAAGAGGUGGGAGAGGGGCUCUGAAACCGAGGGAAAUAGCAAAGAUAAAGAAAAAACAGCCAGUUUUCAGGGGGACUUCUGCUUCAUUUCAUCCGAAAGACUCAUCCCUUUGCCAUCAUCAGCAUGACCAUAAGCUAUAAGUAACAACCGGCAAUAACGAGAUCUGUUUUUUAAGCAACAGUCGCGCGCAAUCCUGUUUUGAUUUAAAAUAAUCGUCUUUUGGGGAAAAAUAGCUCACCUGAAUGCCUGCGAGAAACUGGAUACUCUGUGAAAUCUUAAGAAAAGAGCGAGCUAAAGAAAGAAAAACUACAUUUUGAUUGAUCGGUAAAGCUUUGAUGUGCGUGUCGCUGCACGCGCUCCAAACGAACCUGAACCAAACUCCUCCUCCAUCCUCCUCCUCCCAUCGGUUUCUCUCAUCCUCUCCCUCCCCCACCGGUCCUCUAUGCUCAGUUCGGUGUGUGUAUCCUCUUUCAAAGGGCGCAAGGGUGGGAACAAGUCGUCCAACAAAGCAUGUUACAGCGCAGACAUGACUUGUCCGUCGGAAAGCGAGAAAAUCGUGAUAAACUGCGGGGGGGUGCGGCAUGAGACCUACCGGAGCACCCUGAAAACGCUGCCCGGUACCCGCUUAUCGUGGCUCACCGAGCCGGACGCGUUCAGCAACUUCGACUACGACCCCAAAUUAGACGAGUUCUUCUUCGACCGCCACCCGUCAGUCUUCUCCUUCAUCCUCAACUACUACCGCACCGGGAAGUUGCACUGUCCCAACGAUGUGUGCGGCCCCCUGUUCGAGGAGGAGCUGGCCUUCUGGGGCAUCGACGAGACGGACGUGGAGGCGUGUUGCUGGAUGAAUUACCGGCAGCACCGGGAUGCGGAGGAGGCGCUGGACAGCUUCGAGACUCCAGAGCCGGACGCGCCGGACGACGACCCGGCGCUUGGAGGUGCGGAUGGGGACUUGAAAAGACUGUGCAUGCAGGAAGAUGCGAGGAAAGCGGGCUGGUGGAAAACCUGGCAGCCCAAAAUCUGGGCUCUCUUUGAGGACCCUUACUCCUCCAAAUAUGCCCGGUAUGUGGCAUUUGGCUCCCUAUUCUUCAUCCUCAUCUCAAUCUCCACUUUCUGCAUGGAGACACAUGAGGCCUUCAACACCAUCAUCAACAAAACAGAGACCGUCUUGGUGGGCAACACGACCCACGAUGAGAUCGUAUACGAAGUGGUGACCGACAGCUGGUUGACAUAUGUGGAGGGAGUGUGUGUCAUCUGGUUCACCAUCGAGGUCUUGCUUCGAGUCACCUUCUGCCCUGACAAAUUGGAGUUCUUCAAAAGCACCCUCAACAUUAUCGACUUCGUGGCCAUCCUGCCCUUCUACCUGGAGGUAGGCCUGAGCGGUCUGUCAUCCAAAGCUGCCAAGGAUGUCCUGGGAUUCCUCCGUGUCGUCCGAUUUGUCCGUAUUCUCCGAAUCUUCAAGCUGACCCGCCACUUUGUGGGUCUCCGUGUCCUUGGUCACACUCUUCGUGCCAGUACCAAUGAAUUCCUCCUGCUGAUCAUCUUCUUAGCCCUUGGUGUCCUCAUCUUUGCCACAAUGAUCUACUAUGCCGAAAGAAUUGGCGCAGACCCAGAUGACCCAACUGCCAGUGCCCACACUAACUUCAAGAACAUUCCCAUUGGUUUUUGGUGGGCUGUUGUGACCAUGACCACACUGGGCUAUGGAGAUAUGUACCCAGAGACGUGGUCGGGGAUGCUGGUGGGUGCCCUGUGUGCCUUGGCUGGUGUGCUGACCAUAGCUAUGCCUGUUCCUGUAAUCGUCAACAACUUCGGCAUGUACUACUCUCUGGCAAUGGCCAAACAAAAGCUCCCCAAAAAGAAGAACAAACAUAUCCCAAGAGCACCACAACCAGGGUCUCCCAACUACUGUAAGCCAGAUGCCCUUGCUAUGGCUACUGCAUCACCGCAAAGGCUCUUGGGAAAUGUCCUAGGCGGAGUGAUGGGGUCUGGAGGCAUAGGGGGUGACUGUCCUCUUGCACAAGAAGAAAUAAUAGAGAUAAACAGAGAUUCCAAACAGAACGGUGACGCAGCCUCAGCCGCACUGGCUAACGAGGACUGCCCCACUAUCGACCAGGUGCUGAGCCCUGACGAGAGGAGCCCGAUUGGUCGAGGGCCUACUCGGGAACGCUACCAGCAGGACCGGGCCUGCUUCCUGCUCAACACCAGGGAAUUCCGUGCCACAGAUGGGAAUGUGCGGAAAGAGGCAGCAGCCCUGGCUCCCAGCCCAGACUCCCCUCUGACUGAGGAUUGGUAUAAGAUGGAAGGGUCUCUGUUACAGCAGGACCUCAAUGCAAACUCCACCUCCUCCUGGAUCAAACCAUAGACCAGAGUGUUAAGUUUCUAGCAUUCGCCUUCUCUCUAAUGAGGAGUCAGUAAGCGGUAAAUUUGCGGCGGGAGCCACGCAAGCAACCGGUGUGACACGGAUGGAAAGGAGAUCUUUAGGGUGACAAGAAAGAGACCAGAGGUUAAUCAUGAAUUAAAAAGAAAAAAUCAUACGGUCUGCUCCUCAAGUUGUUACCAAAGCAGCCUCUUGGAACUCUGACCACGUUUAGACAACUGCCUGACAGACCUUCUUUUUCCCCCCUUUUAUUUUUGGCAAACUGACUGAGCAUUGCACUGACACACUUUUGGAGAGAAAAGGACUCCUGUUUACACAUUCCAGAUGACAUAUCUCUGACAACAUUAUACUCGCCAUCUUGUGUGAUGACCAACUCAGUACCAUCCGCAGUGCUGAACAACUGAGCAACUUCACCAGUUUCCGGGAAAAAAAAAAAAACAAAAACACUUGUCUUCACGGAGGACUGAAUGAACAAUGUAGCAUCUCUGCUAACAUAUUGUAGCAUUUGUUGGCUGGGAAAAAACUUGACUAAAUCCAUCGAUAGGUUGAAGAGAGGGGAAUUUAUGCAUUCAAAGGAUCUUUUAGAUGUCAUUUUUCUCUUGGGUUUCUUUCAAGUGAAGAACAAAAAUAUAUAAGAGUACAUGAGAGACAAAGGAUUGGUCUUACUCCUUGUGACACUUGACAUUCUAACAAAAGUUGCACUGAACUGAGAGUGCAAAUUAAAACGAGCCCGAUUGCACAACAUAUAACAGUGAGCAUACUAAAGCCCCCACUCAAGUUUAGCUCUUACAAAGCGUGUUUGCCACUGAACUUAUGUCUUCCAUUAGCUUCUAUUAGUCUGGAACACUGCCCUCCUCACAAACACUGAGAUAAUCAAAAACAGCACAAUCUAUGAAGUUGAACAAAUGAAGCACAUGUAGCAUCAGCUCAAACAGGUCAUCUAUAGCAUUAUGUGUACAUUUAGAAUCACCUGAAAUAUUCGCCAUAAAAAUGGUGGAAAAAGACCUGUCCUUAUCUCUUCUGUACUGGCUUGGGCUUGCCCAAAAAAUCCAUGUAGGAUACCAAAGGUCCUGUAGCAUGCACUUGCUAAAUGACCUUCUGUAAUGUAACGUAGAUUAGGGGAACUAUUCCAUUUAGGAUGAGGUUUGUACUCAACCCUAUGCUGGCCAUUGCCUUUGUUCAAUAGUCAUUCCUCUAAAAGAACAUUGUCUUUUCACUGCCACUAAUAUCAUGUCUAUAUGCACAUUUAAGUAUUUCCCCCAUGUCUGGCUGACGCCAUGCUCAGACAUAAAGAGCAAAAAGACAGAAAAUCAAAGUCUGACUUAUCGUCAGCCUUUCCUCAAUAUCAAUGGAUAUUGGCCUGCCUAAAUUACAAUGAAAAAUACAUUCCAACCACAAAGACACCUUUUAUGUUGCACAAAACUGCCCAUUAGCUGGAAAGUCUGUUAUUGUUUUGAAAGGGACCAAUCGGAUAAACUUUUCCCCUAACACAAAGGCCGACACUGCCAAAUCGGCACAAGAAUUCCCAGUCGUAUACUGCCCCAACCCUCUCUUGUCCCUGUUGCUGCCAACGACUGCUUGACAGGCAAGUCAAUUCUGGGAUAAAGGUGGCCCAUCGGGGGAGCCCUUGGGCAAAAGGGAUAAUGAAGAGAAAUGGACCACGAGUAGAGCAAGUGUGGAAAUGUACAAAGAGAACAAAUCUAUAUUUUGAUAAACAAAUCAACUAUCCAUGGCUUCGGAAGAUGUUGCUGUGCAGAAAAGGUCCAGAAAUGAAAGAAGAAAUUAAAAAAAAAAUCAGAUGCAAAUGUUGAAAGAAAAUUUGGCAUCAUGAAAUGGAGUCAAAGUCUGGAAAAAAGAUAAGAAGUACAUAUUUUGUCAAGAAGGGUGGGCAAAGUUAUUUUUCCCCACACGCACCAGGAACAUGCUUUUUGAAAGACAAUGAGCAAUGCCGGACUCUUGCCUACAAAGACAAUGGACAAAGGAUGGACGCUGAGAUAAACAAAAAAAAAAGAUAAUGCAUUUUUGUAACUUUGUUUACCAGCAUGACUACUUUGCAUGACUGUCUUUUCUGCAAGCCCUUAGUUGAAGACAAGGGUGCUAGAGAUACAAAAAAGUAUAUAUAAAAUGAAUUAAAAAAAUGUUAUAUGCAAUUAAUGUUUUAAAAAAAAGAUUAUAAUGAAAGAGAAGAGCUAUAUUUUGUUUUGAAAAGUUAAAAAAUGUGAAUAUUGAAACAUGUAUGUUUGCAAAGUACACCCUGAACUAUGUUUUAUGUUUAAUGAAAUCUCUCUGCUACUACUGCCCUACAUCCCUCAUUCAAGUGUUUUCAGCCGCUGCCAUAGUUUUACUUUAAUAGAGUAUGAUUUACAACCAUUUAAUCGAAAGCGAUUGCUCAAGACUUUGCCAAACUUUGAGAUUUGCGCAAAGGAUACUGUUGUUAAUCACAAAGUUUUUGUUUUCCUCCUUAAUCAUUUGCACAACUACCGUAGCAGCAGCAGCAACAAGCAGCAGCAGUUCUAAAACAACAGCUCUCCACACUUUUUGACUGCUUGAUCCGUACUCAUAGUUUGCUUUUUUCUUUGGCAAUAAAUCAAAAGUUGUCACAUGAUUGUAGCAGGGCAAACAGAGAACCUCGAGAGUAUCUUCAACGCCUCAGUGUUAGAGAUUCGUUAAAGCCUUGAAUGUCCCGUGGCAGGGUUAUGCUGGGAUAGGCAGUUCUGUUUCGCUGAUCCUUAGUCGAAAAAUGCGCGUGCAAGUGCAGGUUAUCCAAUAAGAGACUAUGAAAUAUACUUCAUUGGCGAACAAUCAAGAGAGAUUUCAGGUUUGCAUGGAGCUAACUGCCAUUCCAAAGUUUGUAUGGUUUAAAGGACUCAGGUGUGUCGAUGAUGUGCGUGGAUGUAGGUGUUUGCUAUUUCCUUUCUAACAUAAUAAAUUUUAGUAUAUAUUAGACAAAGAUAAUGUGAACACCUCACAGUGAUGUGUAAAAAAACGCAUGCAUUAUGACUUGAUAAUCUCUCGAGGGAGGAGCAGAGUCUUGACAUAUCCCCUGAGCCUCCUAUCAUUGUUUGUCAUGAAUCCAGUCUUGAUAACUAUGAACACUGUGCCGUGUCGUAGAGCAGAAACGUCUUCCUCCGAGAGGCAACUGAAAACUACUCACACUCACGGUGUCGGCAUGAGUGUGUAGAGGUAGCUCAUCAGUAUUUUUUUUUUUUUUUAGAGGUCAAGUCUUUGCAUCCGUCAUUACCCGUGGAGCUUACGCGUCAUCCAGCUGGCUAGUUGGCAGCUCAUUACCGCACACUACAGUCAUAUGAGCACCAAACAAAGAGACCCAGAGCUUCCAAAAUGAUGUCAGUGAAGUACUUUUAAGUGUUGUAAAAAAGAGAGGAUGAGAGAUACCAGUGUCCACUGAGGGAGAGUGAUGUAAAACAAAAAAUGUUGCUAAAAAAAGCAUCUCUAUGUUGAGUGCUUUCCAAGCACCUCAACCAGGGUUCGAUAUUCAAAGUGAGUUUCAGGCCCUGCUGGUCCAGGGUUUAGCUCAGGCAGCUGAAUGGUCCUCUGUCCAUUCCCAGUACAUUGUAAGUGGAGGUUCAGCAGAAUAAUAGAGACUCAGUGUUGUUGUAUAGACUAUUCAAGGUUUUACAGGUUUUAGAGCUUCUAUUUCCAGUAAUAGUCCAUGGGAUUUUGUUAUGGUCCCUUGUCUUUUAAGAACUCCUGAAGUCAGUUCCCAUUUUGGAAGGCAUUAGGCAACCAUGGAUGGUCACAAAAACGUGUAUGAAUAUUUCAGAAGUAAACUUCUAGCAAUGGUAUGCACACUUGCAAAAACUUUGUGCUUCAACCAGCUGUUUGUGUAUUCUCAUGGCCAAGUAGUGCUGUCUGUUUUUCUUUCUUUCCUUGUUUUUCACCGUUGCCAUUUUUCUUCAUUCUCUACAUUGUGACUGCUCUGCCGAAACCAGGCUAAAAAAGAUGUCUUUCCUUUUUCUAUCGCAUAAUACUGCCAUUUGAUUUAGUCAUGUUGAACAGAAUGAGUUACAAUGUUGAGAGUGCUAAGUCUGUUUUAAUUUUUGCGAUCUGUUACUAAACGUCAAAGAUUUCAUUCAGUAACCAAAAGAACAAAAUGCUUUAUAUGGUAAGUAGUUGCAAAUGUUGAACUAACUGCUUCUUUGUGUUUUAUAUAUCAUGACAUGUCUUCUCCAGGCGACAUGUCUUCUACACCAUUAUUAUUUUUUAAUGUGCCUGUUUGUUUUUUUUUUUAUUUACAUAGAGGACACUGUAUGCAAUCUGCACCAUAUAUGCCACUGAUCGACACUUACUGUAUUCUCCCUGAGACACAGAUGUUCUGUCAUCAGUUCAGAUGAUUGCAACACAAACGUGUGGUCACUUUAUGGCUCUCCAUAAAGUGACUUUGCAAUCGCACUAAGCUGAAAUAUUUUAUUUUACAAAGUUAUAAAAGUUCAUUUAGAGGAAGUGUUAUCAUACUAUGUUACCAUAGAUUUUGUAAUAUCUCAUUUAAUUAGAAAUAAUGUGACAAUGCAUAAGUCACAUCACUAACAUAGAUCUAAUAUUACAGGCUAACAACAUGCAUUCAUGUAAGCAUCCAAAGAUAAAAGAUGUAUGUUCGUUUUACAUGCCAUCAAAUAGUAUAAAACAGACUUAGGUACUAGUCCAUUGUACUGUGGUCUUAGUAGGAGAGUGAAUGGGGAGAGGAGGUGGUCACUGGAGUAUCCGUCUGAUUUUAUUUUUGAAAUGUUGGAACACAAAGAACAACUCAUCAAGAACUGUAUAAAGUAUAUUUCAAUGGAAUGUUCAUGAUCUAUCUUUUUAUAUUUUGAAGAAAAAAUAGAAACAUAUCAAUAAAGUGUCAUAAUUGAACAUAUUUCUACUAUUGAGACUUACAAUGUAUGAAUGUCAAUGCGACCUAAUGUGAGCCAAUCUCCACAGCAGCUUGAAUGAAUAACUGAUUAACAGUCAUGAGAUGCUUUUUCAGAGACGUUAAAAACUGCUUCAAAUCAUUGAAAUGAACCUAAAAUAAAUGAAAAAGUGACA